AUGCGUUUCUACACCAUCGCUCUGUUGACUGGCGCUACCGCCGUCGCCGCCACUAAAAGUGCGACCCUUCUCCUGCCCGGAUUUGCGGGUCAGGAUCUCCAGGCUAGCGUUGUGGAAACCAACGGAGAUGCGACUACCUACAAGGUCACCUGCCCCAAGACCGCUGAUGUCUGUGGUAUUGUCGGCGACGGCAUGACCGCAAUUGCCGCCCCCACCUCCGUUCAACUGAUGAACAUUGACCUCCAGGGAACUGUUGGGACUGUUUCCUGCAAUGUUGCUGGUACUACUUAUGCCUCUUGCCAUGCCUCCGCCGGCACUGCGACCCCGUCGGGCACUCUGGGCCCAGAUGAUCUGAACUGGAUGCCCGUGGCUAUUUCCACCACCCACACCCCGACAUCAACCACCACUACCACUACCAAGGCCCCCACCAGCACUACCACCACCACUGAGGUGACCUCCACCUCCACCCCGACCAUGACCUCUGCCCCGACCCCCAAGAAGUCUUCCUCGGCUCUUGUUUCGUCCACCGCUAGUGUCUCCUCCUCCACCCGUCUGGUGGCUGCUCCCAGCAACGGAACCGGUGCUCCUGCCGCUUCCUCUACUCCCUUCAACGCCGCCGGCCAGCUGGCAGGCAGUAUCUGGACCGUUGGUGGUGCCUUCGCGGCUCUUGCCUGCGCUUUCGCCUAA